ACCGGUGUGGCCGCCGCCGCGGAGACUUAGGGCUUUGAGCCGCGAGCGCGGGCAGUCGGGCUGGUGAUUUUUAAGUAUUUCCUCGCGUGUAAGUAGAUACGCUCCGCCCUCCCUCACCCCCCACCCCCAAUUAUAACCCACGUAACCAGAAGAGAAAAUGAAACGGAAGGAACUGGAAAGUUUCUUGCAACAAGUUGAUGGCUUUGAGAAGCCCAAAUUACUUCUAGAGCAGUAUCCGACCAGGCCCCACAUCGCAGCAUGUAUGCUAUAUACAAUUCAUAACACAUAUGAUGACAUUGAAAACAAAGUGGUUGGAGAUCUAGGAUGUGGUUGUGGAAUGCUUAGUAUUGGAACAGCAAUGUUAGGAGCAGGGUUGUGUGUUGGAUUUGAUAUAGAUGAAGAUGCAUUAGAAAUAUUUAGUAGAAAUGUUGCGGAGUUUGAGCUGACAAAUAUUGACAUGAUUCAGUGCAAUGUGUGUUCUUUGUCUGAUACCAUGUCCAAGUCCUUUGACACUAUAAUCAUGAAUCCUCCCUUUGGGACCAAGCAUAAUAAAGGUAUGGAUAUGUCGUUUUUGAAGAUUGCUUUACAGAUGGCAAGAGUAGCAGUAUAUUCCUUACAUAAAACUUCAACCCGAGAACAUAUUCAAAAGAAAGCAAAUGAAUGGAAAAUUAAGAUGGAUGUUAUAGCAGAGCUACGAUAUGAUCUACCAGCAACAUAUAAAUUUCAUAAGAAAAAAACAGUGGACGUUGAAGUGGAUUUAAUUCGGUUUUCUUUUUAAAGACCCCCAAAUCUGUAACAGCUUAAAACUUAUUUAAAAUGAAUAAAAAAUUUUUUAUCAA